ACUUCUCUACAUGUAUUACAUUUAAAAUUAUUCAUCGCUGUUAAAUUUAUCAAUCGAUAUCAACACUUAUCUAAUCAUAAAAGAUAGCAACUGUUGACGUAAUUUAAUGACACGAAUAAUUAAAUCCCUCAUUUACAAUCGGACUUUUCGAUAACAAACAUGAAAACAUCAAUAGGAGUGUAUAUUUUACAAGUUCUUCUUUUGGCUUUAAAUGCCGGUGCGCAAACCCAAAUCGCACCUGAUGGUAUUUAUUAUGACUACGAAGAAAGACAAAGUUCAUCAGGUCCAACAGGAAACGCAAUCGAAGCCAUUAAUGAUGCCACAACAGUUGAGCCCAAGCUCAGUGCUGUAGACUUCGGUGUGAACACAGAAGCAACAAAACUGAAAGACAAUAACAGCUUCGAAGUACAAGAUAAAACAACAGCCAAGGACGACAUUGUAGCAGCCUCACUAUCCCUAACAACCGUAACUGAUGUCCCUCCUGACAUGAUGGGCAUUAACGACACGGAACUGUUAAGUGGUGAUAAUGAGACAUCUCAACAACCCAAUCGCACAGAUGCUCCGCAUAGCGGCAUUAGUGACAAAAAACCGAUAGAUGAGACGUUCGUGAAUCACCUCUUCUUGGAAGGUCACGUGUUUGGACGUGGGGCGGUUCUGCAGAAUGCCCUUCAUUUGUCGUUGUUAACUGAUGAAUACUUCUCGCAGCAGUGGUAUCUUUCCGUGCGCGCUGUGUCCAUGUCAUACAUGCGUACGGGGGACGGACUUGCAAUCACCGAUGUCCAGUACGUGGUCACGUACGGCCAUUACGUCAUCGAGAGGUUUCAUGUGCAGAGGAUCCUCAGCAAACCGGAAGUGCACAGGCAUCUACACCAUCACUUGGAGACGAACAGCCUUAAGGAGUACAGUGGAGCCGCUAUAGAGCGGACGCACGUGUGGGAGCCCAAGUACACUGUGGCAUUGGCGGUUGGCGGUGUGGUGAUCGCCGUCAUGAUACUGAUGUUUGUGGCUGCUAUAGUAACCAAGAGGAAGCCAAAAUUGGCAGGACGUAAGAAGUCGCCCGUCGGCAAAGGACCCUGUGUGAUCCCUCGUGUCGUCACCGACAAGCGGAAGUUGUUUUCAGUUGACGACGGUGGUUACAACAACCCUGCGUACAACUUCAAUUCGCGUUCCGUCAUGGACGGAGAGUUUUGUGCAUGAUUAAAAAUGGGACACGUGAACACUCGCAUUUCAAUUAAAACGACCUAAUAUCAAAACGGAAAUUGAUUAAAGAUUGAUUUAAAAAAGGAAUGGCCUAUGUUAAUGAUUUAAAAAUACGGUAACAUUAGGAUAAUUUGCUAUAAGUGUAUAAUAAAAAAAUAAAUUCUUGAGAAAUAAACAUAACUUGAA